CGCACCAAGCAACAUGAAGCUGAGAAAUUUCUACUUGGUAAUGGUCAUAACCACCACUUGUGUAUCAGUAGUAGUGUUCCCGGCGGUUAUUAGCAAUGCAGCAGGCGCUCCAAAGAAGAAAUUAGCACCAGCAAUCUUGGUGUUUGGAGACUCCAUUGUGGAUCCCGGCAACAACAACCAUGUGGCCACCAUUGUCAAGUGCGACUUCCCGCCUUAUGGGAGGGAUUUCGUCGGUGCGAAACCCACUGGAAGGUUUUGCAAUGGGAAAGUCCCUUCUGACUUUGCAGCCAACAUUCUAGGGUUAAAGGAACUAGUGCCAGCCUAUCUUGAUCCGACUCUGACGCUUCAAGACCUCGCCACCGGGGUAAGUUUCGCUUCAGGUGGUUCGGGCUAUGAUCCUCUAACGGCCAGGAUAGUGUCUGUUCUAUCGCUAUCAGAUCAGGUGGAGCUGUUCAAGGAGUACCUAAAAAAGAUAAGGCAAGGAAUGGGGGAGGAAGCAGCAGCCACCAUAGUUUCUCAAAGUGCCUACUUAAUAUGCGUAGGAAGUGAUGACAUUGCCAACACCUACUUCUCCACGCCCACUAGAAGGCUGCAUUACGACAUCAACUCCUACACCGAUUUGAUGGCACGCUAUGCUUCAACUUUUUAUGAGGAACUUUAUCGAAUUGGAGCAAGAAGAAUUGGGGUACUGAGCUUACCACCAAUAGGGUGUCUACCAUCACAAAGAACAAGCGGUGGAGGGCCUAACAGAAGCUGCUCAAACUCUUCUAAUCAAGCAGCCCAGCUCUUCAACUCCAAGCUCUCUGCAGUCCUUGAUUCCCUAAGCAAAACGCAUCCCGACGCGUUGUUCGUGUACUUGGAUGUCUACAAUCGUCUUACUUCCAUCAUCCACAACCCUAUUCAAUAUGGAUUUGAAGUGGUAGUAAAAGGAUGUUGUGGGACUGGGACAAUAGAAGCCAGCAUUUUGUGUACUUCAGUCAGCGACUCACAAACAUGUAAAGAUGCUUCUAAGUAUCUCUUUUGGGACAGCUACCAUCCUUCCGAGAAAGGUUAUGGCAUCCUCAGCGACAUGGUCAUCAACGAAUUUGCUGCCAGAUUCAUGUGACAGUUCUCUUUUCCCUUCUCUAUAUGACCAAUCACCACAUUUUAGGGUCAAAUAAAUGUUAUGAAUUGUGACCACGAAUUUGCCACUCCUCCUCCCCAAGUAUUUUGGAGGAUACGUACACGUCAUUUUAACAGGAUUAUGUACUAUUAAAAUUGAAGCAAAGAAAUGUAGAAUUUCCCAGCUACAAGUAGUUGUUGCGUGUCCUGUGAGAUCCAGUCCAAGCACCAUAUACUAACUCGUAUUAUAUAGGGUUAGGUUAGUACUUAAUACGACGACUUUUAAUCUUGACUGUUAAAAAUAUCUAAUGGCUUAUCGCAAGAUGCCCUCAGAUUGCAGUUGUUUCCCUUUUGCUCAUAUACAAAGAAUAAUAAGAUAGAAACGGUGUU